AUGAUAAACAUUUUAAUUGGCAUUGGAAUUUUGCAUAUUUUGCCACUUUAUGUUUUGACAAUGUGCAUAAAGAAGAAAACAUCUUCAAAGUCUAGAUUAUCACCUAAUGGAACACCUAAGCCGGCAUCUCAGCCAGCACUCAGUCCACUUGAUUUGACUCCUGCAAAGAAAGUAGAAGAAAAAGUAAUUGAGGAAAAAAAGGUUGAAAAUAAUCCAAAAAAAGAAGAAGAGCCAGUGAAAGAUGGAAAAGAAGUUGUACAGGAUCAACCAAAGAAAUCAUCAAGAGAAAAGGAUAUGAUGUUGAAAGAGAAAACGGCAAUCGAUUUUAGUGGAGACGAUAAUAAGAAAAAGGAGACGAUGCAAGUUUCAAAAACAAAGUCUGCAAGAAAUAACAAACAGAAAAGCGACGUAAAGGAAAGUGCUACCCCAGGAGAAGACGAUGAGAAGGAAAAAACGAAAACGGAAGGAGCAAAUGGAAAAACUGAUGAGGAAGGAACAGAGAAGAAGGAACCAACAAUGACCGAGUCGAGAAAGGAAAUGCUAAGAGAAGAUGAUACUUUAAGAGAUACAAAGUCAAUUGGGAAACGGCAAAAGAAGGAAUGAGUGCACUUGAAAAUGAUGAGAGAUGAAUGAAAUAUUUUGAAUU